AUGCUAUUAUCUUUAUCAUUAUUGUUUAUUAUUUGCAAUUUAGUCAUUAAUUUUAUCUCAGGACAAAGUGCUAAUAAUAAUAGAUCUAUAAUUUCAAAAGCAUGUGCAUGUUAUAAUCAAGGUAUUUGUGAUCCAGUUACAAGUUCAUGUAUUUGUCCGUCAGGUUUUCUUGGUCAACAAUGUGAAAGAUUAGAAUCAACUACUUUGUGUAAUAAUGUAGUAUGCAAAAAUUCCGGCGUGUGCAAUAUAAUUUCACCAACUGUUUCGACUUGUUUGUGUUUGUUAGGUUUUCAUGGUGAUUAUUGUGAACGACAAAGAGUUGCUACACGUUGUACUGACAUUCGAUGUCAAAAUGGCGGCAUAUGCUAUGAACAUUCACCUGCAAUAAGUGUUUUUGCUUAUUGUCUUUGUCCACCAGGAUUUACUGGAAGAUUCUGUGAGACAGAAUAUUUUCGUUGUUCACAACCAGGUGUUUUUGCUGAUCUAUAUCAAUGUGCACAAAGUUCAUAUUUUCUUUGUGAUCAUACAAAUCGUCUUCUGACUGGUACCUGUCCAAAAGGACUUCGAUUUAAUUUGAAUAAAAUGUCUUGUGAUCAUGCCAGUUCUGUCACAUGUUCUAAUAUCUAA